UUUUUUUUUUUUUUUUUCUCAACCGACGCCCGAACCGACUGCCCCACGGUAAACGACAGCUUGUCGCCGGCGUCUUUCCACCCGGGGAAGACUAUAAGCCGCUGCACUGGAAUUCUACGUGGCUUCGGCCAGGAAGUCUGCGCCGGGUUUGGACCCCGGCGCGAUGGCGACAGCCGCUACAGCUCAUCCCCACCACCAGCCGCACCAAAUGUACCGCCAGUCGCAGAGUCCCGUCAUCGGCCACCAGCAAAGCUUCAGACCUCCUCACCAGCGCUCCCUGUCGCAGCAGCACCUUAUCGGAGGGCAGUCGACACCACCACUGGGCGGGAAUGAAGGCUUUGAGGUGUCGCCGCCAAAGCGCCAGAGAGUUUCAAUGGACGAUGGGAGGAGAAGGAGGAGCACAUCCCUCGUCCAGAGCCCGGCACCGGCGGCAGCCGCAGGCCUCCACUCCAGCACACCGCCGCCUGGCGCGAUCAGCAAGGAGAUGCGGGCCAGGAUGAGCGCGAGCCCUGCUGCGGGGGAUAGGAAGCGCCCGUCCAUGGCUCGCGCCGUUGCGGCCGCCACGAGCGCACCGGCCGCGGCCGAUGACAUGUCUUCUCCGACAGCCGCCACUCCCGUCGCGACCAACAAGCCGAGGCGCGUGAGGACGGGAUGCCUGACGUGCCGAGAGCGGCAUUUAAAGUGUGACGAGGGCACGCCCGAUUGUUUGAACUGCAGGAAGAGCAACCGUGAAUGCAAGCGGGGAGUCCGGCUGAACUUUAUUGACGUGCAAGUCAAGAGCCCACCGUACAUACCGCCAACUGUUGAGUGGUCAGUUCGCUUUGAAGACGAGUCACGGGCGAUAGCAUCAGAAUAUAGGGGUGGAUUGGGAAGAUAUGCGCACAUGGACACGCGAACCAUCACGCCACCUCGAGAAACAGACCUAGAUGCGGUUCUUCAACAAUACAGAUCAGAUAUGGGGAACGCCUCGACGUUGGCCAUGAUCAGCGAGACCAGCAGUUCCAUGCCCAUGUCGACGUAUGCCGCAAAAACAGUAGAAAAUCCCGUCGACCGCCGGUAUACCGACUUUCAAAUUGCGCAGGCCCAACAAGCGCGCAAGAACAGUGAGUAUAUGGGAAACAGUGGAGGCAGCUCACAUGUGGCUUUGGAAGCAGGCAACAGCGCGGGGAACUUUAGCCUGGCGACCCUGCAGGACCAGUACAGCAUGCAGGAGAACGAGUCUAGCAUCCGAGGCCACCAUCACAGAAACAGCGACGUGUCGAGUGUGGCAUCGCAAGGCGUCGGGCCACCUUCGAACAGCUCGGUGCGCGAAACACAGGAUAGCAGCCAGCCCAAGGUUUCCGAUGGGCUGAUCACACCACCAUCCGAGGGUGUGGCGACGGGCGAACGCGACUACCUCAACUCGCCCGAGGAGAUCAAGUACAUGCAAGUAUUCGUGGAAGAGGUGGGGGUUUGGAUGGACAGCUUCGACAAGGAAAAACACUUUAGCCGCGUCAUACCAUACCUGGCACUCAAGUCGCCCAUGCUUCUCAAUGCCUUCUUGGCCUGUGGCGCCAAGCAGCUGACGCUUGUUCGACCCAACGAGAACCUGCAUGACCACCGAGCCCUCUGCUACUACGACACGGCGACCACCCAGCUCCUCCGAAGCCUGUCGAAUCCCGACCGGAACAUGGCCGAGUGCGCAACCACGGCGGUGGUUCUCAACGUCUACGAGAUCAUGAGCGACAAGCCAGCCAAGCGCAUGAACCACAUAGCCGGAGCCAGGGCCCUGAUCCGCGAAUGUGGGUGGAACGCCAAGACCAAGGGGGUGGGCUCGGCCUGUUUCUGGCUCAACAUCGGCAUGGAGGUGCUCUCGUGCCUCGCCUUCAACUGGCAGACGGCGUGGCACCCUGACGACUGGGGACUGGACAUGGGGUUCCUCACGGAGGACCCAGAGUGCAGCCCCAAGGAGGUCAAGAAGGAGGCGGAGAACACGUUUGGGGGCAGCGGCGACGAGGACGAGGAGUGGGUCCACCGCAUCUUUUACAUCGUGGCCAAGAUCGCCAGCUUCCGGGCCAACAUACCCAGGUUCCAGGAGCCCUCGCCGCACGACGAGCAGGUCAGGCUGCAGAGCCGCUUUGCCGAGUGGAAGAGCCUCAAGGCGCUGUGUGAUGCUUGGUGCAACAACUGCCCGAGGCCGAUGAGGCCUUUUGGGUAUUUGUUUCCGUCGCAGACGCGGACCCAGUCUGCUUUUCCGAACGUCUGGCUCAUCAAGCGCGCUGCUGUCAUCGGCCGCCUGUUCUACCACACGGCAAUGUGCCUCUUGGCCCAGAUCAACCCCGUCAACCCGCGCGACUCGGAGGAAAACAUGGCUGCGCAGCUGCAGCACGCCCAUCAGGUCUGCGGCAUCGUUGCUCACACCAAGGACAACGGCAUCGCCUCGGUGGCCCUGCGCAGCUUGGCCAUAGCAGCUGCCGUGCUGCGUGAUCGCCGGGAGCAGGAGGAGGUUGUCGCGAUAUUCGAUCGCAUCACACGCGAGACGGGCUGGAGGCUGGGUAAAGUCUAUCUGGAGCUCGAGAAGAGCUGGGGUUGGAAGCCCGAGCCUCCCAAGCAUGGCGUGGCGACCACUUCAGACGGCAACAGCAGCAACAAUAACAGCAGCAGCAGCAGCAGCAGCAAUAACACCAACACCGCCGCCACCAGUAACAACGCAAGCGCCCGACAGACUGCUUCGUCGUCUAGCAUCCCUCAGAAUCAGAAUCAGAGCCAGGGCCAGAGCCAGAGCCAGAGCCAAAACCAAGCUGCUGCGGCCCCCGUCAACCCUAUUUCAAUGUCGGCCGCAAUGUCGGCGGCCCCCAUGCGCCAACCUCCGCCCAAGCUGCAGCGGCCGCAGAGCAACCCGUCGCCUCGUCCACAACCCUCACGUCGGUCCUCGGGGAUUGCGCCCACCGCUUCCCCAGUGGGCAUGGGCCCCGGUACCACGGGGCCACAACAACCACCUCUACUCAUCACUAGCUUCCCCACGAUGCAGCAACAGCAGCAGUACUUUUCGCCGCAGCAUCAGCAUCCCCCUCAUCAAAUGACCACCCCCACGCAGCAGCCGACACCGACGCGGCCGCUGGUCAACCCCCUGCUCUCGAGGGCAGAUUUCAGUCUGCCCGAUCAUCCGUACCAGAAUUGGUACCAACCGCCGAACCACACGAACCAGUUCAACUCGCAAGGGUUCUGGUCUGGCUGAUUUGUUUUUGUCUUAUGGUUUCAAGUAUAUAAAGCCAUUGUUGAUUGAUUGUAACAUUAUUUUUUUUUCUUUUUUCUAUUUUUUUCUUCUUAUUCUCUACCUCCCAAGAAUGAUGUCUUUAUUCUUUAAGCAAACAUAGCGAGCAUGGGCAUUUCGUUGCGAUACCUUUUGGCCAAAUCAUAUACGCUGGAGCGAUUACAGACUUUAUAGAAAGCAAGGGGGGGAUAUUUUGGGUGUCAAUGGCGCUCGGCGGCAUCUUCUUCAUGUAUAACGAAACAUUUACCUUGGGCAGCCCCUUCCACGAAUGUGUGAUUUUAAAUAGUCGGCUAUACACUGCCAACUGAAUGAAUCAAGUCAAAACCC